UGUCAGAGGAAUUCCUUUCCACUACAACAGCGGAAAACAGCCACAAUCCCCCUUACAUCUGACCUCCACACCAGCUUCAUUUAUUCCAUCUCCAGCGCAGACCAAGAGUCUGCAAACAUUCAGAUCAACGACUUUUCAUAGACCAGAGUGCUAGCUGACCGGUUUAUGCACACACUUACCAUCUCUGAACAGUAGCACUGGUGCAGAAGAUCCCAGAAGACCAUGAGGGUUUUAGUAUGUGCAGCGUUAUUUGCUCUAUGCUGGAUUUUGACAUUUGCUAUCAAUGAAGAGUUGGCUAAUGCUCCCAACCAGAGAACCAGAAGCAUCCAAAUGAGACAAAGCAAUGGAGUUAAAUCCAACAGAGAUGAUCUGCAGGAAGGGUUUUCAGAGGACACUCAGAUGGACGAGCCUGGAGAAGAAAUGGCUGAAAAGGAAAAACCAAAGGGUAAAAAGACACCAGAGGAGAUCUUAGCUGCCAAGGCUAAGAAGGCGGCAGAGAAGGAAGCCAAAGCCAAGAAACCGAAGCCCACAAAAAAACCCAAACCAACAAAGAAACCAAAACCUCCAAAGGCCACCAAGAAGUCAAAGCCUCCAAAAGCCACCAAAAAGCCGAAAGCAGCGAAGCCAACAACACCAGCUAGAGAAACUAAACCGACCAAAAAGCCAACAAUGGAGGAAGAGGAGGAGAAACUGCUGCUGGAGUUGGGAUGGGACACAUUGUCACCAAAGGAGACAGAAAUGGAGAAACCCAUUGGCCCAGAUCAUGACAUGCACAGCAAGAAAGACCCCACAACACCUCCAUCAGUCAAAGAGCAUAUGCCGGAUAACUGGGACAGCCGACAUGAAAUCCAAGAGCCUGACCUCAUUCCUAAAGUCAAGCAGCCGUCCUCCACCGAUGACCCGAGUAUAUACUUACCAAUCCCAGAGGAAGCCACUACCACCCCUCGAACAAUCGCCCCUUGGUACGAGGAAUAUGAUUAUGCCGACUUGGCGGCAAAAAAGCAGGAGGAAGAGCUGGAAAAAGCAAGAAAGGCCAAAGAGGAGAAGGCAGAAAAACUGCGGAAGAUGUGGGAAGAGGAGGAGGAGGAAAAGAGGAAGCAGACGGCUCUUCAUGCCGAGCCAAAGAAGUGUCCUCCUCUUGGACUGGAGUCCCAUCGAGUGGAGGAUGAUCAGAUUCUGGCGUCUUCUUCAUCUAAUCUUGGUUAUUCAGCUCUGAGAGGACGGCUCAACAUGCAGAAUUCGGCUGAUGAGGAGGAUGUUUACGGUGGAGCGUGGUGCGCUGAUACGGAGGAGAAGGAGCACUGGUUUCAGGUGGACGGCCGACGAGAGGUGGAGUUUACCGGUGUAAUCACACAGGGCAGAAACUCAGAGUCAAACAAUGACUUUGUGUCCUCAUUUUUCGUGGCCUUCAGUAACGACAGUCGUGAAUGGACGGUUCUUCAUGAUGGUUAUGCUGAGUGGCUCUUUUAUGGGAAUGUGGAUAAAGACACUCCAGUAAUGACGGAGUUCUCGUAUCCGGUGGUUGCGCGGUACAUCCGUGUGCUGCCGCAGAGCUGGAACGGGAGUCUGUGCAUGAGGCUGGAGGUACUCGGCUGCCAGUUACCCACUAGUUAUGCAACUGAGAAUGACGUUCCACCAACAGAUGAUCUGGAUUACAGGCAUCACAACUAUAAAGAGAUGAGACAGAUGAUGAAGGUGAUCAAUGAGGAAUGCCCUAAUAUCACCAGAAUUUAUAACAUCGGGAAAAGCUUUCAAGGGCUGAAGAUGUACGCCAUGGAGAUCUCAGACAACCCUGGAGAACACGAGCCAGGUGAACCAGAAUUCAGGUACACGGCAGGGCUUCAUGGGAACGAGGUGCUGGGCCGGGAGCUUCUGCUGCUCCUCAUGCAGUUCAUCUGCAAAGAAUACAAUGACGACAACCCGAGAGUGCACCGCCUGGUGGAAACGGUGCGAAUUCAUCUGGUGCCAUCGCUAAACCCUGACGCCUAUGAGCUGGCAUACGAGAUGGGAUCUGAGAUGGGAAACUGGGCUUUGGGACACUGGACAGAGGAGGGGUACGACAUUUUCCAGAAUUUCCCAGACCUGAACAGUGUUCUGUGGGGUGCGGAGGACAGAGGAUGGGUGCCGCGGAUCGUUCCCAAUCACCACAUUCCCAUCCCUGAGAACUUUCUCAAUGGCUCUGUGGCGACUGAAACUAAAGCCAUCAUCAGCUGGAUGGAGAGGACGCCGUUUGUUUUAGGCGCGAAUCUGCAGGGCGGAGAGAAGCUGGUGGCGUACCCAUUCGACAUGCAACGUCCACCGCGGGCCACGAGCACGGACGGACGGGUCGGUCAGCCGGUGCAGGAGUACCACAACAUGAACGAGGAGACCUGGGCUCGGAUUCAGCGGCAGAACGAAGGCGCUCUCCGCGAAACAGCGGAUGAAAACCUGUUCCGGUGGCUCGCCACGACGUAUGCACACAGUCACCUCACCUUGACGGAAAACCACCGCGGGUCCUGCCAUACCGAUGACAUCACCGGCGGACAGGGCAUCAUCAACCGCGCCAGCUGGAAACCAGUUGUGGGCAGCAUGAACGACUUCAGCUACCUGCACACCAACUGCUUCGAGAUUUCCAUCUUUCUUGGGUGCGAUAAGUUUCCCCAUGAGAGUGAAUUGCCGUCGGAGUGGGAAAACAACCGUGAGGCGCUGCUGGCUUUCAUCGAGCAGGUGCAUCGAGGCAUUAAAGGGGUUGUGAGAGACGUCGAUGGGAAUCUUCUGGCAAAUGCCACAGUGUCAGUGGAGGGAAUCAAACAUGACGUCAAAACAGCUUCCACUGGUGAUUACUGGCGUCUCCUCAACCCAGGCGAGUAUCGCGUAACAGCGCGAGCGGAUGGUUACUCCUCUCAGACGCGUCUUUGCAUUGUCGGCUAUGAUGCCAACGCAACACCCUGCAGUUUCACCUUGACCAAAUCUAACUGGGCUCGUAUCCAGCAAAUCUUGGCUCAAAGCGGAAAGAGACCAAGACUGGUUAACAACAUCCCUCGAAACGCCAACAACCAAGUCAAUGGUGGAAGCACAGGGCCCGCCGGUGGCUCCCAAAACGAACGUUUGAACCGCAUACGACUGAUGCGCAUGAGGAAACUGCGGAUGGAGAGGAUGAAAAGCAGCACAACUACAGAAAUGACCACCUCAACAACCACAACCACACCUGAACCCACAACAACAACAACACUGGGGUCAACAAGUGAAUCUUGGUAUGACUGGUUUGAACAGGAGAGCUUUAACUUUGAGCACACAAUAGAUGAAGAUUAGAGAAGAAUCACCAGACGUUUACAUACACUGUAUAAAAAGCCACAUAACCAUUUAAAAAAGAAAAGAGAUGUUAAUGUGACUCAACGUUUUCU